GCUGCUGCUCCCACCGCUACUGCUUGCGCUGCCACAACGAUAACUGCUACUAACACUGCCAACAACAGCAACAAUAAGAAAAAUAAUAAAAAUAUUAAAAAUAAAAAUAACAACAACAGCAAGAACCACAAGUGCCAGUUCACAUGAGCCGAGUGUGUUGGACUGCGGAACGCAAUAACGUAGAGCGCGCGGCGCGCAACGUCCAAGUUUUUGCAACAACUCCCACGACAACAAUAAAAAGAGAAGAGUGAUAGCGCGCGGCGGCACCACACAGCGCAAUCCCUGUCGUAUACAAAGUUAUUAUUAUUUUCGGGUUUACUUGCGGAAUUUGUUGUUGGGUUUUUGUUGUUGCACGCUGUUGCGUUAGUUUUUGUUUGUUUAUUUGCGCGACAUUGUGUUUGGUCGGUGUUGAAGCGCCGCGUAUAAAAUGAAAAUCAACUGUUCAUGUGAUUGCAAUUGCAGCGACCGCGCCUCGUGCAGCACCAACAUCACCGAUCGCCGUCCGAGCGAUAUAAUGGCCAAUGGUGAUUGCUAUCGCCGAUUGUCGAAUUCAUCGUCCGCAUUGUACGGCAGUUGUCCACAGCUAACGCAGCAUUGCGAUUUAAUACAGCAACAACAACAACAACCACAUUGUCCACACAUCAGCGCAAGCGAACAAGUAGCGCAACAAGCGAAACAGCAUUAUCAUUCGACACAUCAGCAAACACGUCAAUACUCGAGUUUAGUACGUACCCGCCCGUCGCGUAGUCCAGUGCUUUGCCAACAUUGUGCCGUGUGACGAAGGAAUAAUCAAGCCUGCACACAUCCCGAUAGGUCCACAGUCACUUGCGCGCUUACAUUCACGGCAGCGCGCAAACCGAAGCAUAGCUCCAAAGUCACAAAGGAGGCGAAUACCGUAGACGCGGCAACAGCAGCAGCGACGUCGACGAUAGCAAAAAACGCGUCUGCCGCGAAAUCAACUUCUUUGGCGUUUGUGUCCUACAAACCGACAACACUCACACCGAAAAUCAACAGAGCGCAACAAUUGCAAGAGGAAUUUACAUCGUCCAUUGCCACACCGGCCGUGACCGCGACGCGUUACUUGUGUCAACGCUGUAGAUACAACAAUCAACCAAUCACUUGGUGGGUCUCUUGCCCGCGCCUCUCCAAUUUGGGCUCGAGUCUGAGUCUGCAACAAAGCACCGCUGCCGCAACGGAGCCACAACAACUACAACAGCAAGCAAAAAUUCCAGCGCCGACAACACAAGCAAUACCACUGGCGCGCGUCGCCGGCAGCAACUACGAUUAUCAGCAACAACAACAACAACAGCGUCCUUUACCCGCGCCACCAAUAAGCAACGCAACGCGCGAAGACCCGCCCACGCCAAGUGACAGCAACAGCAGCAGCAACAUGGCUACCACAGCCACCGCAAAGAAGACCGUCACGCGCCAACAACUCUAUGGUUCCAAUCGUUGUCUGCGGCAGCAAUCAAGUGUCCAUUAUCCACUCGAUCAUGGCGGAAUGCAGCCGACACAUGUUGGUGGUGCCAGCGGCAGCACGCUGAAACGUCAGCCAUGCGCGCUCUCGCAUUCGCGUUCCAUUACCGCGCUACAAAAUAUGGAUCUCUAUGGCAGCUAUGCAACAUUGCCAUCGUCAGCAGCCGCCGCACCGUUGGACACACCACAACGCGCGUACUGUGCGCGUCAUUUGCCGUCUGCUGGUGGUGGUGGUGGUGGUGCGGGUGUGAGUGGCAGUCACACUUGGCACCCGAGUCAGUAUGCCGCAGCGACACCUUGCUGUCAUCUAUACAAUGCCAACCAGGCAACUGCGGCGCCUACAUGCAUGUAUGCUGGCAGUGGGAUGGGCCACACAUGCCAGCAGCAAGCGCCUCCAACGCACCCACAUCAACAGCAACAACAGUAUCCACGCGCUGCGCUACUGCAUGACAGUCAUAAACCUUUGGUGCCCAACGGCUGUUAUUUCGGCCAUGAACACACCACACAUUUGACCGAUGAGGAGGAUUCGGCAUUUCCGGGUUUCCAUGAUCGUGAAUUUCACAUGCUGCACCGAAAUAUACCGGCCUUGCGGCGUACCGGUGUUGACACGGCAGGAAUUAGACAGUAUUUCUAUCCAGAUGGCGGCUGGGGUUGGAUCAUAUGUGGCAUAGCCUUUUUGGUGCAUAUACUAACUACAGGUUUACAGCUGUCAAGCGGUCUAUUACUCUUCUAUGCCAUAGAACAUCUGAGAGACUCCAACGGCAUUGAGUGGGUCGGUGCUUUAAACUGGUCAAUUUCUAUGUUACUAUCACCGUUUGUGAUCACAUUUUGUCGAAAGAAAUCGACGCGACUGAUGGCAGUGGUCGGUGGUCUAGUGCUACCGUUAGGCAUACUAUUUACCUCCUUCGCAACGGAGUUGGGGCAAAUAUUUUUUAGUUAUGGUAUUGUUUUUGGUGUUGCGGUGGCCAUGGUUCGUGAAUCGUCCACAAUAAUGUUAGGAAAUUAUUUUAAGCGACGUAGGCAAUUUGUCGAAAUGGUCGCUAUGUCUGGCGAAGGCGUGGGCAUAUCGAUUUUCUCUGUGAUACUGCGGGAGGGUGUUGGCAAUGCUGGUUGGCGUGUUGGUCUCCAAAUUGUUGCCGGCCUUGUAGCGGUUAGUUUCUUUAUGGGUUUAUUAUAUAGACCCGCAUCACUAUAUCAUCCCCAAAGGCGCGCCAUACAACAUUUGAAAAACCAGAGAAAAAAGAUGCAUGAGAACAAAUCAAGAGCUGUGGUCACAACAGAACAGAAAACAGUCCGUUAUUUAUUUAUCGACAUAUCACCCUUUAAAUCAACUAAUGUGAAAAUACUACUCGUAUCAGCUGCUGUGGCGGCGUUAGGGAUUUACACGCCCAUGAUCUCAAUGACCUUGACUGUCGCCAAGGAGGGCCCCGAUAUAGAAGACUUAGUACUGCUACAGACUUUUUUAGGCGUCUCUACCACAAUCGGCGUAUUUAUAGCCGGUACAAUAUUGCGUAAGACUUUUAGAAUAGGUAGCUUCUUAAUAACCUCACAAAUUGUGUCUCAGGUAUUUAUUGCGUUGGUAGCGAUUUCGAUAUUGAGCCUGUCCUUCGUCGUAAGUUUUCGUUGGUUUUGUAUACUCGGCUGGAUGUACGGCAUUGGUUUCGGCGGAUUCCGUUAUGCCUUUAAAAUACUAACACUGGACCGAGUUAAGGUGAAACAGUUCUCAAAGGCAUGGGGGCUCAUCAAAGGCGCCGAAUCCCUACCGGUGCUCAUUAGCAUACCGCUGACCAGUUUCCUGAACGAUUACUCACUAAAUUAUGGACGCGCUGGUUAUUUCAUUUGCUCAGCAGCCGCUGCUAUUGGCGGUAUCAUAAUAUUCUUCAUGACUUACACAACCGUGGAGCAGGAGAUCAGCAGUCAGGGCAAUAAUAAGAAGCAUGGCAAUGGCGCUAUACCGACGCUACGUCCUUUUCCACAAUACUGCAAACUACAUGGCUUUCAUGAGCCCGUGGUGGACUUUAAUGUCUACAAUGGCUGUGAUUAUCCCGCGCCCGAUUUACUAAUGAGUCGCAGUUGUGUGAGCCUGAAUCAAGUGGAUUUCGAGAAUCUCUGUCGCAAUAAUGCCUACUGUGAUCGCUGGCGUAUGCCAAGCGUGCACAAAUUGCAAAACUGUGCGGUACACGGUGCGGCUGCGGCACGAGGUCGUGGCCAUAUGGCGGACAUGAGUCGACCGCAUAGUCCACACUAUGACAUUGAGCAGGGUUAUGCGAGCAUGGGACGCAGCAUGGGCAAGCGACUGCAGAAGAGCUUGUCCUUCAUACAAAAUCCUUACUGUUGUAAUGGACAAUGGUAUUGCAAUUGCCAUGACAACUAUCAGUGGGCGCAGACAUCACCAAGAUCGCAUAUACAUCAACCGUUACUGUGCACCUGCAAUCAGGGCUCCACAAAUUAUUUGCAAAACUCGCGUAGUCGUAGUGUUCCUGAAGGUCUCUCCACCAUCGGCAAUCAGCUGUGCAGAUGCAAGACAAUGGCAACCCCAGCAGCGACGACGACAUCGCGUCUCGGUUCUUCCACUGCCUUAUCACGUGAAGUUAUCUACUUGCCGCGUCAUGAUCACGACUACGACUUCACGUGUCGGCAUCAUCAAAGGGGCGUUGGCGCAGCAGCGGCCACAGCAACGGCGGCGGCAGUCGCCGCUAUACACGGUGCCGCUACAACACCGCGCUACCGCCAUCGACGCUCACAAUCGCUCUCCAAACCACUACAAUAUGUUGAACAGAUAACGACAUCAGUGUAGGUGAAUAAUUAAUAAUUAAUAAGCGUUAGAUAGAAGAAAGUCAGUUACUGCAAUAACUGAUAAUAGGCAAAGGUUCAAGGCAUUUAAGACGAUGCACAAGCGUUGAAAAUGUUUUCUUAGAAGAUUCGUGGUUUAUUUGAAAACAUAUAAUAUGUAAGCCGUAAGAAUUCAAAGGAAGGAAAGUAAUUGAGAGAUCGUGAAUACCAAUAACCGAACGGAAUGUUAAGCUCAUUUACUAAGCUAGAGGUUAUAUUGUCCAAAACUUUUUGUGUUAAGUUUAGAACGCUUGUAUAUACUCGAUGUCGCUUAUUCUCCGGAAUCUUCUACACCAAUACUAUCCUUUUGGAGUUUUGUUUUCGAGUUUAGUAAAUUUGAUUCAUCAGAGUCUAAAAAAUAGUGCUUAUAUCCGAAAAUUUCGUUUUUGAAAUGUAAGGAGAUCUAAAGAUUUACAUCUGGUUGCGACUUCUUGGAGAUUGAACAAAUUACUGAAGGCUUUGGAAGCCAGACCUAAUGGGGAAUUUUCACGUUUGAGCGAAAAAAGCUCAACAACAAAAUCAGUUACCGCUUCUAAAGCAAUGCUGUAUAUGUUUUCUAAAUGUUUUUAAGCAAAAAAAAAAAAUAAUAAUAAUAUGUCGUUUACUUUUUGUUACCACUGUAUCUGUCCAGACACGUGCAUUGUCGACAAUGGCCUUGAAGGUAGCAGAUAAAAGAUGUGCAUUGUAAAAAAUAAAAAUAAAAAAUUCUAAACUUUUAAGCGAAGCAUGAAAACAAAAAGUAUUCAAGAAAAGCUCGCGGUCUACAUACUAACAGGUACAGACAGUACAUAUAAGCAUGAGUGCAUGUUUAAAGAAGAUCUGAUUCACGAAUGUAUUUACACUUCUAGUCUCUUAGAAACUAUAAUUUCACUUUUUCUCAACAAAAUAAAAAAUAAAGAAAAAUGUUGCUAAUGUAAUUUUAUAUAACGAAAUACAUACAUACAUAAAUAUAUACUUCUAAACAUACAUAUAUACAUACGAGUACACAUAUAAGUGAGGAAAAAACUAAAAUUUGCAAGAGAGCAUAAAAAAUUCUACAAACUACAGAAAUAAAAAUAAAAAAUUUAAAUACAAAAAUGUAUAAACUUAUAUACAUACUUACUUAUACAUACAUACCUAUAUAUAGGAGCAAUGUACUUUUCGAGUAUUAUUAAUAAUGCAUUAGCAUUUGAAUAGUCAAUCAACUAACGGAGAACAAGUGAGAGCAAAACUUUUACAACUACAUUUUAUACCUUCACCAUUACUACCAACAACAACAACAACCGUAACAAAAACGAAAAACAACACCACCACAACCCGUCACAUCACUCAACCCCACUUAGAGCCUAGUACCCUAAUGCCCCUAAGGAGUUUGAAAGCUUUAUCUCAAUAGUUUGUAUGUAUUUAGUAGAUAAAUUAAAGAUUAAAAAUUAAAAAUUAAACAUUUAAAAAAAUAACUCAAAGCAUAAAACUAAAUAAAUUAGAUACGAAAAUUUAGAAAUAUGUUCUGGCAACUCGUAAAUUAUGAAUGAAUGAAGCGAGCAAUUAAAUCAAUGUUGUAUGUGUAUGUGUGUGUAGUUGUAGUAUAAAUAUUUAAGUAUUGGUUUUAGUCAAUUUAGUUGUAAUUAGGAAAAUGUAUUAGUGUAUGUGUGUGUGGUUUCAGUUGUGUGAUUGAGCUGUGUUUUCAAAGUGUAGUAGAAAUACUUAUAAAAUCAACAACAUUACAACAACAAUAAGUUUGCAUUAAGUUCAACGGGAAGCCAAUUACACACAGCGCCACAAACUAACUGCUGAGCGCAAAUAAAGCCAACAAAUAUUAGCAUCUACAGUGGAGGCCAGCAAUAUGCGUACGAAGUAUAUGCUUGUCAGAAAUUUAAAACUUUUGUGCUUAAUUGACGUUUUGCUGAUAAUAAUUUAUGGAAGAAAACUUUUUUACCAUUUAUAAAAAUAUUAUUUAAAUUAGAAACGUUUAAAAAAAAUCACGAAAAAAUUUACAAUUUAAAUAGUAUACAUAUAAUAAAUAAGCAGAACAACAUU